GGCAAAUGAUGUAAAUCAGAAAACAGAGAGUAAAAUGAGGAAUGCACGUCUUGUAAACUUAUGAGAGAGAACAAUAAAGUUAGUCAACGGAGGCUAUUGAACCAAUCAAAAUCCCCAAUUUUUCUAAGGGUUGCCGGCGAUUGUUAGGGUUUUGCACAAAAAUGGAACCGCAGGAAAGCAAUUGGUCGGAGCUUUGCCCGGAACUCCUCUCGGAAAUCGCCAAUCGGCUCGGAACAAGACCCAACGUCUACAAUUUCCGAGAAGUUUGCAAGGAUUGGCGAUUUUCUUUCGCCAGAAUCCCACGAAACCUCCCUCAUCUCUCUCCUCUGUUUCCUCACAGAUUCUGCGCCGUUGAUCCCGACUUCUUCUCUUCUCUAUCUCGUGGAACCCUUCACCACCUGAUCGCCGACGCCGUUUAUCUCAUCCGACCCCGGAACAUUCCAGAAUCUACGAAACCCUGGCUCGUUACUGUAGAAGAAUUUUACCGAGGUAAACUCUGUGUUCGACUACCUUUGUCUGGAAUUAGUGCUAAAGGUAAUUUACCUGCAAAUGUGCAUAUUCCCAAUGCUUUGAAUUUGUCCGAUUUUCAUGUCUCCGUUAUUGCAAGAGGAUACACUCUAAGAUCACCGGGGAUUAAUCAUUGUAUUGACAAAAAAUUGGUUAUGUUCGGAAACCCAGCUUGUUUUGAGCCUUUGUCAAUUAAGGAUUACACCGCUUUGGUAAGGGUUGAGCACGGUCGUAUUGCGUGGGUGAGAUUGUCACAGAGAUAUGAUUGGGGGUGUUUAUCUUUUCAGGGAACCUCAAAAUUUGAUGACAUUGUGAAUUUUAAGAAGAGAGUUUACACUGUCGAUCGCAUGGGAAGAGUCUAUGUUGUUCAUUAUGAUGGGGAGUCUCAACAAACAUUGAAGAUGGAAUGUAUUGUGAACGAUACCAUUUCUAGUGGACGUUAUAGUGAUAGGAGGAAGCGGUUGGUGGUGGAUUCUUCUGGUGUUUUAUAUAUGGUUGAAAGGGAUGUUGACUGUGGUGAGAAGAUUCAUUUUAAGGUUUAUAGGUUGGAUGAAGGGAAUUGUAAAUUGGAUGAAGUUAUUGGCAUUGGAGAUGAUAGAAUAUUGUUUGUGGGCGUUGAUUGGUGCUUCUUUGCAUCUGUAGCUGAUUUUCCCGGUUUUAGAGGUAAUUGCAUAUUUUUUUUAUCUGGUUCAUUCCCCUCAUAUACUGAAUCAUCAUUCCGUGGAGCUAGCAAGGAAUUGGAAGUUACUAUAUUCCACUUUGAGGAUGGCAAUGCUGGACCUAUAUCAGCUUUUCCUGGAUAUUCUGACAUAUUGUGGCCACCUUCAGCAUGGUUCAAUUCAGAAUUUUCUUUGUCCUGAAAUUGGAAGAAUGGACCCCCUGAAACUUGAUCAGGAAUCCCCCCUUGCAUAAGCGUGUUUCUUUAACCCGAUGUCCAACUAGCCCUGGAGAUUGUUGACCUAAAGCCGGGUUUCCCAAAAGAUCAGGGCCUACCUCUAUACAAGAAGCAUUAUAUUCCGAGGAAGGUUUGAAAGGUGAUCUUUCAUUCUUUCUCAUUGUGAUUAAGCUUGUUAACACUGAAAACAGAGUGCUCAUAUUAUAGCCUUGUAUAUUUGUGGCCAUAUGUCUCUUUUAUCACGAUUUCGACCCCCUCUAGUUACCUUUUGCUCCAUUCAUGUACUGUUGUCUGUAGACUCUUUAUGCCUUCACACAAAAUGAAAAAUACACAGUUGACCAA